GCCCACCCCCCUUUAUCUCCCCUCCCCCACCUCCCGGUCCUCGUCCCUGGUGACGCCCCCAAUCGAGCCGAGCUCCUCGCGAUUCCCAAUCCCCGCACGCCUCCUCCUCCGGCCCCGCCGCCGCCGCCGCCGCCGCCGCCUCGCCACAGGCUUAGAGUUAUUCAAGAUGGAACACAAGGAGGCGGGUUGCCAGCAGCCGGAGGGCCCAAUCCUAUGCGUUAAUAACUGUGGCUUCUUUGGCAGCGCCGCGACCAUGAACAUGUGCUCCAAGUGCCACAAGGAGAUGGUCAUGAAGGAGGAGCAGGCCAAGCUGGCUGCCUCCUCCUUCGAUAGCAUCGUCAACGGUGGCGAUGGUGGGAAAGCACCUGUUGUUGCGGCUGUUGCUGCGAGCGCGGAGGUGGCGGUUGCUCAAGUUGACGUGAAGGCGCUCGUUGUGCAGCCUGCUGCUGAUGUUGCAGGCACCAGCGAAGCUGUUGCCGUGAGCCCCAAGAGGAAGGAGGGGCCCAAUCGGUGCUCAACUUGCAGGAAGAGGGUUGGGCUGACGGGAUUCAACUGCCGAUGUGGUAACAUGUACUGUUCACUGCAUCGCUAUUCCGACAAGCAUGACUGCCAGUUCGACUACCGGACUGCAGCUAGGGAUGCCAUCGCCAAGGCCAACCCGGUGGUGAAGGCAGAGAAGCUCGACAAGAUUUAGGUGUCUUACAGGGAAGAAAUGGUUGCAAUCUGUGAAGGUUCAUCAUCCGUCUUUGCUGUGCCAAUUGCCAUCCUUGCACCUCCCUUUCUUGUUGGCUGCCGCAUUUCCUAAAUUGUACGGCACCGUGAUGCACACUGCGUCGUGGCAGCUGCAAGAACUCAGUCCUCUCAGUCAUUCCGAAUGGUUUGCGUGUUGUGUAACUUUAUUCAUGGUGGUUUUUUCGGUCAGUAUUGUGGCUUCUCAUUUUAGCUAGCUCUGUUAUGUACUAUUGUCCCAUGUGUGUCAAAUUCUGAUCAGUAAUAGUAGCCAGCAAUGGUUCAUCA